CCCAUCUGGCAAUCUCCAUUAUUCUUCAACAUACAAGUCCAAGGAGUUUCAACUUUCCACACCAAAAUCCCCUCUGUCUCUCUCAAAAAAUCCCAUUUUGAAGAGUCAGAGAGGCCUUCCAACCUCUCUCUAGAAACCCCUAAACAACACAGGAUUUAAUCCACAUUAAGAGAGAGAGAGAGAGGAAGAUGGUUGGGAAGAAAUUUGCUGUGCUUUUGUGUGCAGAGGACUCGGAGUACGUGAAGAAGAUGUAUGGGGGGUACUUUGGGGUUUUUCUGAAAAUGCUAGCUGAGGAAGGGGAGGCCUGGGACCUGUACAGAGUGGCGUGUGGGGAGUUCCCAUUGGAUGAGGAGAUUGAUGGCUAUGACGGGUUUGUGAUAUCUGGCAGCAGCAGAGAUGCCCAUGGCAAUGAUGCUUGGAUCUGCAGGCUCUUGGCCCUCCUGAAGAAAUUGGAUGACAUGAAGAAGAAGGUCCUGGGCAUUUGCUUUGGCCACCAGAUUUUGAGCCGUGCGUUGGGAGGAAAAUCCGGCAGGGCCAUCACCGGGUGGGACAUAGGAAUCCGGACCGUCCACUUGUCAGCAUCUUCCAAGGCUUUCUCAUCUCUCAAAAUUCCAGCUCUUCUCUCCAUAUAUGAAAUCCAUCGAGAUGAGGUGUGGGAGCUUCCUCCUAAGGCUGAGUUGAUUGCAUGGUCGGAGAAGACUGGGGUGGAGAUGUUCAAGUAUGGAGAUCACAUCAUGGGCAUCCAAGGCCACCCUGAGUACACCAAGGACAUCCUUCUCAACCUUAUUGAUCGUCUCGUGAAACUCGAAUACAUCGUGGACACUGAAACUGAGGAGUUGAAGGCCAAGCUGCAGGCGAGUGAGCCAGACCAAGAGGCAUGGAAGAGUGUCUGCAGAAGCUUUCUCAAGGGAGAAUUAUGAUGAUAAAUUUCCAAUGUAUGGGAAAAUAAAAUAAAAAAAAGAGAGGUGUAAAUAUGCUGUGUUGAGGAGAGGCUAAGAAAGGGUUGUGCGGGUUGGGCAGUUUUCAGUGUGAUAGGCAGAAGAAGCUUAGGUGGGUAACUGUAUUUAGGUUGGAAGCUUAAGAUGUUAUCUAGUGUAUUCCCAAGGGAAUUUGCAAGGUUGGCUACUCUAAUAAAAUCUGUGUUUUUUUUAAAUA